AUGGCAAAGUACACGAAAAACAUAGAGAUAGACCUACGCUCGUUCUUGCGUCCGUCGCGCGUGGUGUGGGCGCUGCGCGUGCACACGGCGGCGCGGCUCGCCUGCAGUGUGCACGCGCUCACGCUCUCCGUCAAGUGGAAUUGGACCGAGGGCGAGAGCACGGACGGUGGGGUGGUGGUGCUUGGGCUGCGGCUGUGCGGCGCUGUGUGGGCGGGCGCCGCGCUGCAGCCGAGCACCGCCGCGCAGCCGCCGCACGCGCCCGCGCCGCCGCUGCUGCUGCGCUAUGUGCUGCAGGAGGGUGAUAGCAUAGCGUGGGAGCGCAGCGCGGAGGUGCCGCUGUACGCGGACGAGUCCCGCGCGGCGCCGGUGCUGGUCGCGCGGGCCCCGCUGGCGCCGCACUACGAGCCCGACGCCGCCGCGCUGCACGCGCUCGCGCUCUUCAUCGCCGCGCACGACUAGACCGAACACGCCUCAUGCCGACCACCACUGCA